CGCACCCGGGAGCCGAGGAGAGUAAAUACAACAGGAGCGCAAAAUGGCGGAACUGCCGAGCUCAGCGCACGGCGCUACCGCCGCCUCCGAGAAAGAAACAUUUGGCAAGCUGCAGCCCCCGUCUCGGGACGCAGUGGGUCCUCUCUCCGCCAAGAAGGUCCGGACUGAAGAGAAGAAGAUGCCUCGCAGACUGAACGGAGAAGGGGGCAGCGGCGGGAACAGCAGGCAGCUGCAGGCGCCGGCGGCACCCUCGCCUCAGAGCUACGCCGACCCCGCGUCUUGGAGCUUCGCUGCUCUGUCUGCAGCCCCCUCCCCGGCUUCUGCUCGGAGCAGUCUCUCUUUCUCCUCGAGCACUGGGGUCCCCUCCGCAGCCUCCGCUUCCUCUUCUCAGCCGGUGCCGCGCAAACUGCUGGUCCCUCCUACGCUGCUGCACGCUCAGCCUCACCAUCUCCUGCUGCCGGCCGCCGCCUCCUCGGCCAGCGCCAAGCCGCGCAGACCGAAGGAGAAGCGCGAGAAGGAGAGGAGGAGGCACGGGCUCGGCGGCGCUGGCGAGGCCGGAGGGGCCGCCCGGGCGGAGAACGGGGAGGUGAAGGCGCUGCCGAGAGAUACAAUCAAAGAGAGAGAUAAAGAAAAGGAGAGAGAAAAAAAGAAGCAUAAAGUAAUGAAUGAGAUCAAGAAAGAGAAUGGAGAAGUAAAGAUUUUGCUGAAAAGUGGGAAAGAUAAACCAAAACCAAAUGUAGAAGACUUACAAAUUAAAAAGGUAAAGAAGAAAAAGAAAAAGAAACACAAAGAGAAUGAAAAAAGGAAGCGUCCAAAAAUGUAUAGCAAAUCUAUUCAAACCAUCUGCUCAGGAUUGCUGUCUGAUGUUGAAGAUCAAGAAGCCAAAGGCAUUCUAAAUGAUGAUAUAAAGGAUUAUAUUGGGAAGAAUUUGGAUACCAAGAACUGUGAUUCCAAAGUUCCAGAGAACAGUGAAUUUCCAUUUGUGUCACUGAAGGAGCCACGGGUUCAGAAUAACCUCAGAAGAUUAGACACUUUGGAAUUCAAACGACUCAUUCAUAUUGAGCACCAGCCUAAUGGAGGUGCAUCAGUUAUCCACGCCUACAGUAACGAACUCUCCCACCUGUCUCCUAUGGAGAUGGAGAGAUUUGCAGAAGAGUUUGUGGGUCUGGUGUUCAGUGAAAACGAAGACUCUGCAGCUUUUUAUGUAAUGGGUAUUGUUCAUGGGGCAGCUACUUAUUUACCUGACUUCUUAGACUACUUUUCAUUUAAUUUUCCCAAUUCACCAGUCAAAAUGGAGAUAUUGGGAAAGAAGGAUAUAGAGACAACAACUAUGUCCAAUUUUCAUGCUCAGGUAAAAAGAACAUAUUCUCACGGUACUUAUAGAGCUGGCCCUAUGCGACAGAUCAGCUUGGUGGGAGCAGUUGAUGAAGAAGUGGGAGAUUACUUCCCUGAGUUCCUUGAUAUGUUGGAAGACUCACCAUUUUUAAAAUGUACGCUGCCAUGGGGGACACUAUCUAGUUUGAAAUUAGAAAGUCGAAAAGAUAGUGAUGAUGGACCCAUUAUGUGGGUACGCCCAGGAGAACAAAUGAUCCCUGUGGCCGAUAUGCCAAAGUCACCUUUCAAAAGGAAAAGAACUACCAAUGAAAUAAAAAACUUGCAGUACCUACCUCGCACCAGUGAGCCCCGUGAGAUGCUAUUUGAAGACAGGACAAGAGCUCAUGCAGAUCAUAUAGGACAAGGCUUUGAACGACAGACUACAGCUGCUGUUGGAGUACUGAAGGCUGUGCACUGUGGAGAAUGGCCUGAUCAGCCCCGAAUAACCAAAGAUGUAAUUUGUUUUCAUGCUGAAGAUUUCUUAGAAGUAGUUCAACGAAUGCAGUUAGAUUUACAUGAACCUCCACUGUCCCAGUGUGUCCAAUGGGUCGAUGAUGCAAAACUUAAUCAACUGAGGAGGGAAGGAAUUCGCUACGCUAGGAUUCAGCUGUAUGAUAAUGACAUUUAUUUUAUUCCAAGGAAUGUUGUUCAUCAGUUCAAGACUGUUUCAGCCGUAUGCAGUUUAGCAUGGCAUGUUCGGCUCAAGUUGUAUCACUCAGAGGAGGACAUUGCUGAGAAUACAGCCACUUAUGAAACAGGCACAGUAUCUGAUUCCACAUCAGUUCUUGAACCUCACACGGACAACACAGUUUGUGCUGUAAGCAAAACCUUGGAGCCUAUUUUUUCAGACAAACUUCAGUCUAAACACGAAUUACAUCAGAUGAAACACGAACCUAUUGCAUCUGUACAAAUCAAGGAAGAACCCAUGAAUGUUUAUAUUUCUGAGAAAAUUAGAACACCGAAUAAUGUGGAUGGCAAGAACGUUAAAGCAAAAUUGGAUCAUGUUCAAUUUACAGAAUUUAAGAUCGACAUGGAUUCUAAAUUUGAAAAUAACAAAAAUUUAAAGGAAGAAUUGUGUCCUGGAAGUCUCAUAAAUGUAGUUGAUACAAGGCAACAUAGUUCAGCACAUUCAAAUCAAGACAGAAAAGAUGAUAAUGUUUUGUGCUAAAUUUGUGCAUAACAUUUUUUUAACUUAAUGAUGUAAUAAAGAUUCAUGAAUUCUGAAAGCAAGUCAAGGACUUGCUCCCAAGUCUGUUACAAAAUAUAAUUUAUGUAGCUUUGUAACAUUCCUCAGUGCCUGUCCAUAACUGUGAAGUAUCAGAAGCACUUAGGGCCAGAUGCACUGUAAACGUUGCAGGUUUAAACAAGCGUCUUUAAAAAAAAAUCAUUUGAGUUGGAAUUGCAAGUUUUAGGGCUGACAUUAAUAUAUAUAUUGAUGUGAGCCAGAAUUCUUUUUCAACAAUUUAAGGCUUUUCCAUAGAGCUUAUUUAUACUUUUUUUUUUCAUUUUAAAUGUCAGCACUGUAGUGUAAAUAGCUUUUAAAAAACCUUUUUAGUGUGAUUUAUAAUGAAAUGUGAGCCACUUAAUAAAGGUUCAUAAUAAUAAAUGUUUUCUUUUGGGUCUGCAAAAAGACAAGUUGACAAUUCAGUUAUACCAUUUAUUUGAUCUGUUAAUGUUUUUGCUGAUAUAUCCACUUAGGAUGCUAAUGGAGAACAAAUGUAUGCUUUCAAAUCUAUAGUCAGUACUUUAAUUCCCCACCCACACUGUGCAAACAUUUAAAAUUGGAAAUGAGUUAUGAAGGGGGAUGUAUGUGAAUGUGUAUGACUUUGUGUGUGUAUAUAUGCAUAUCAUAUUUUGUAUAACUUCUUAAACUGAGUAAGAGGAAUAUGUGAAACUAGCUCCACUUCAUGGAAUACAUUUAAAAUGUUUAUAUUAAGUAUCAGAGAGUAGUUUAAGUAAUAAAUUUUUUUUUUUAUAAAGUUGGGAGGAACAAGGUCUGUUAAUGAUAUAUGGCCUUUCUAACAAAUUAUGUGGCCAAAUUACAUGGCCCUAAUUUUUUUUUUUCUUUUUGUAGUGUAUGGGAUAAGAAGUUGAGAAGAUUUCCAUAAAAAGCAUUUUAAUACAAUCCUUAAUAGGAGUUGCAGAAAACAUCUUUAAUCACAGAAAACUUAAUUGUGAGCAAUUAAGAUCCUCUUUUUUUUAUUUAUUAUUAUUAUUUUGCAGAACAAGAGAGAAGUAGGCUAAUACGAAAUCUUCAGUUAAGGGUAAUGACUCAGCUGCCAUAUACCAGUGAUAUUUUAAAAAAUGGGAUGUGUUCCCUCAUCUUUUAAGGAUCUCCAUCUCAUCCCUAGCAAAGUAAAUUAUUUUUUUCCCCAAAAGAGUACUAAAAAGUAAAACAAGUAGGAAAUAGGAUUUAGCCGGUGCUUAGCUAAUGAUGAUUAAAACAAGUCUCUUCAUUGAUGGACAUGAUCAGUAUUUCAGACUGCAUUCACUACUGUAAUUAACAGUUAGGUGAGUCAAUUACAAGUCAAAAAGUCAAAAUUAAAGUCUUUAAGGUAGUAUUGCAAAUCUCAUUCUGUUUGUCUUUGCUUAUAUUCUGGUCAGUGGUUUUCAGAUUGGUUCUUUGUACUACUGCCUUUUCAGUUAGUGUUAUUCCCAUUUCAGUGGUUUCUGCUUCACCCUUAUUUGUGGUAUCCAUGAAACUACUUAAUUUUUCUUAAUAGAAAAAAAAGUACUUGGGAAACAUUUCACCAGUAAAAAGUCAACUGCAUCAAUGAUAAUAUUUUUGGUUCCCAGUUUAAAAGGGUAGGCAAGAAUUGUAGGAAGUUCUUAAUGGUUUAUAGGAAAUCAAUAUAUUUGCAGCAUAGGAAUUUUCAUGGGACAAAGAAAAUACAGAUCAUGUUAAUGUAAAUAGAGAUUUUGUUUUACACUGUAUGCAUUUAUACCUACCUUUCUGAGGAGAUGUAAAUUCAACAAAUCAGUAUUGAGAAAUAGGAUGGGAAGUGGUUAAUUUUUCUUUUUUUAAAAUGGAUAAUUUUAGGGAGUGGGUGGUAGUGCAGCGGGUUAAGCACACGUGGUGCAAAGAUCCUGGUUCGAGCCCCCGGCUCCUCACCUGCAAGGUCGCUUCAUAGGGUGUGAAGCAGGUCUGCAAGUGUCUUUCUCUCCCUCUGUCUUCCCCUCCUCUCUCCAUUUCUCUCUGUCCUAUCCAACAACAAUGACAUCAGUAACAACAACAAUAAUAACUACAACAAUAAAAAACAACAAGGGCAACAAAAGGGAAUAAAUAAAUAUUUAAAAAAUUAAAAAAAACUUUAAAAUGGAUAAUUUUAAACGGUUUGUUUUAUUUCCAGUUUUCCAGUAGCUUACACAGAGAUGCAUGAGAUUAUACUGUAAUGAAAUCUCUCUAUGGGACCCCCCCCCAAUAUAUGAGCCUUAAACUUUUAACUUCAAAACAACUAAAAUAAUCACAGUUUGUAGUUGUUUUUUAGGUACAGUGUCCUUCAUAACUCACAGUCAAACUUCUACACAUUUUGUUUUGUAAAAUUUACAUGUCUCUUGGAAAUGAAAUAUAAACCAGUGGGCUCAGAUUUUAAGGAAUAGCCUUGUCACAUUGACUAAAACUUAAUUUUUUUGUCUUACGGGUUAUAAUUUUAAAAUCCUCUUCAGAUGUACUCAGAGCUUUCUGACUACCUUUGUUACACACAAGUAAUUUCUACUUCAGUAUUGCAUUAUAUUAAUGAUUUCCUAGUUACUACAUUCCAGUUCUUUUUCUGAACAAAAGUUUUUGCUAUUAUUUCCAAUUUCUUGGACCAGAACAAUCAAAAACACUUAAAAUAUAGUUUCUGUAUGAACUUAUAUAGUUAUAUAGGUAUUACAUAAAUUAUUAAAUUGAUACACAGACCUUUACAAAAAAACUAAGGUACCUCAUUGGUGUCUGCAAUAGUGCUUUUUAAAAAAUAUUUUGUUCAUACUCUUAAGUAAUCUAUUUCAUACUCAGGUUAGCAAAAAAAGAAUUAAGCGUUUGUAAUAUACUUAGUUGAAAACUUUACUGAAGCCAUAGUCAUUUAUCUUCCUUGUCACUAAGGCUGUUACCCAUGAACAUUAGGUUGAUCCAGCACAACCCUGUGUGUGUUAUGUGUGUGCAAUAUGUAUCGGUGUAUGCAUGUUUUUAAGAUGGCUGGAAAUGCUGUUUUCUUUUCCCCCAUAUAUUCAUUUUUAAUCUAUUCUGUAACUUGGGGGGAGGAUCAUGGAGGGUAUGAAAGAUUUAAUUUCUUAGGUUAAUAAGUCUUCAAGGUAUUUCAUUAGUGCUUCUGAAUGUAAAAUAUUUCCCCCCAAAUACAGUAAGAUCAUUUUUUGUAAAUAAUAGAUUAGCAUUGUUUUGGUAAAUUUGCAUUCAGUUAUUUUUGGAAUACAUUCAUUGUUAUGUAAAACAAAUAUAUCAAAAUUCACUUUUAGCAAAGGUGCAAGAUUUGUUUUUGGAGUUGAGAGGGAUUUUCCUUGUCUUCCACCUUUCAAUAAAUAAUAACUAAUA